UCUUUUCUAGCUUUUCCUCUUUUUUUUCACUUAUCUUAAUUUAAAAGGUCAGCACAUAGUGCACCUCUUCAGAAACUUUAUGUCUUUUCAAGUCCAUAACCCCCUCCCCUGCUUUGUUUGUUCUUUUUUUAUUUCUAUACAUGCAUGGUUCUGCCUAUUAAUAUGUUCUAAUUUCUUUAUAGGCUUGGAGAUUAGAUAGAAAGAAGAUGAUGUUUAUCAAAGAUCAGAUUAUCAUUUAUCAUCACAUAAGGGCAUCCUCACACUGACAAACUCUGAUUCUCAGCCGCCGCCGCCGCCGCCGCUAUAUCCGCCGUUACCGUUAUGAGCUAUUGACCCUGGUGGAAUAUAGAGGCAUUAAUGGCACUUCGUUUCGAGAUCCUUGGGAGAUUCAAUCGUGCUCGUGCAGCUCGACUUAUACUCCCUCACUAUGAAUGCCAGACACCUCUUUUCAUGCCUGUUGGCACUCAAGGCACUAUAAAGGGUUUGACCACCUGCCAGCUUGAGGAUAUUGGUUGCCAAAUAAUCCUCGGAAACACAUAUCAUUUGGCACUACGUCCUACCUCUGAGCUCAUCGAUGAGUUAGGGGGUCUACAUAAGUUCAUGAAUUGGCCGAGGGCACUACUUACUGACUCUGGGGGCUUUCAAAUGGUCUCCUUGUUGCAUUUGGCUGAUAUCACUGAGAAGGGUGUCACAUUUCAGUCACCGGUGGAUGGAAAGCCAAUGCUCCUUACACCUGAAGAGUCAAUACAGAUCCAAAACAGAAUUGGUGCAGAUAUUAUUAUGGCUCUUGAUGAUGUCGUGAAAACUACUAUCACAGGUCCACGAAUUGAAGAGGCUAUGUAUCGAACUCUGCGUUGGAUAGAUAGGUGCAUAGCAGCUCACAAGAGACCACAUGAGCAGAAUCUAUUUGGCAUAGUGCAAGGUGGUUUAGAUCCUGUAUUAAGGGAUAUAUGUGUCAGAGGUUUAGUGAAGCAUAAUUUGCCUGGCUAUGCUAUUGGUGGUCUUGCAGGCGGUGAAGAUAAAGACUCGUUUUGGCGUGUCGUGGCUCAGUGUACUGCUGCACUACCUGAGCAUAAACCACGAUAUGUCAUGGGGGUGGGUUACCCACUAGACAUUGUGGUAUGCAGUGCUUUAGGUGCUGACAUGUAUGAUUGUGUCUAUCCUACUCGUACCGCUCGCUUUGGCACAGCUCUUGUACCUGAGGGAGUUCUAAAACUUAAACACAAGGCAAUGGCAGAUGAUAUGCGUCCUGUUGAUCCCACAUGUGACUGUAUGGUCUGUAAAAAGUAUACAAGGGCUUACAUUCAUUGCCUUGUCACUAAAGAUGCCAUGGGAUCUCAACUUCUGUCAUAUCACAACUUAUACUAUAUGAUGAAGCUUAGCAGAAACUUGCACUCAUCAAUUGUUGAAGGACAGUUUCCAGAAUUUGUUUGCCAGUUUCUGCAGAAAAUGUUCCCCGAAGGUGAUGUUCCCGAAUGGGUCUGCAACGCCAUGGAGGUUGCUGGGAUUGACAUUUCUUCAUGUUGUGCCCCAUUUUCAUCGCUCCCCAGUGAAGUAGAAGAUACAGAGGUUGCUGAGAUUGACACAUCUUCAUGUUGUGCUCCAUUUUCAUCGCUCCCAGUAAAGUAGAAGAUGCACAAACCCAGAAGUGAAACAGUAAUUAUAAACAUUUCACAGAGUAGAAGAACAUAGAUAUACAGAAUUGACGAUAAGAGCACCGUGCACUUUGUGGUAACAUGCUGCUAUGCUAGGAGUCACUCAAGAAAAUUUUGUUAAGAGUGACACAAAAGAUGAGUUUUUUGUUAACUAGGUGUCAUUCUUCAUAGCUGAAAGAAAUUAUUCCCUAUUAUAUGAACUUUUUUUUACGUCCUUGAAAAUGUUGUAUUGAGCUCUGAUCUAUCAAAGGAAAGACCAUUUUCUUCUA